UCCCCGCUGACGUCACAGAUCGGUUUGUUCCUCUAGCAGCAGCAGCCGCCACCGCUUCAUUUCUGUUGGAGGUUUUGUGUUAAAAUGGAGGCGUCUGUCCUGCUGUGAGUGCGUUCACAUUCAUGCGGGACAUCUGAGGUAGGAUGGGUGUAGAUGCUCCUAAUUCCAACGGGCCGUUCCCGCCUGUGGCUCUGCUGCACUUCAGAGAUGUUCCUCCGGCCGAGCAGGAGAAGCUCUUCAUACAGAAGGUACGUCAGUGCUGCGUUCUCUUUGAUUUCCUCUCCGAUCCACUCAGCGAUCUGAAAUGGAAGGAGGUGAAGCGGGCAGCGCUCAGCGAGAUGGUGGAGUUCAUCACACACAAUCGCAAUGUCAUCACGGAGCCCAUUUACCCGGAGGUGGUGCACAUGUUCACUGUGAAUAUGUUCAGGGGUCUGCCGCCCUCAUCUAACCCCACCGGGGCAGAAUUUGACCCUGAGGAGGAUGAACCCACUCUUGAAGCAGCGUGGCCUCAUCUUCAGUUGGUUUAUGAGUUUUUCCUGAGGUUUUUAGAGUCUCCAGACUUUCAGCCAAAUGUCGCAAAGAAGUUCAUUGACCAAAAAUUUGUAAUGCAGCUUCUGGAGUUGUUUGACAGUGAAGAUCCUCGAGAAAGAGACUUCUUAAAAACCACGCUGCACCGCAUAUACGGCAAGUUUCUUGGCCUCCGCGCAUUCAUCAGAAAACAAAUCAAUAACAUCUUCUACAGAUUUAUAUAUGAGACUGAACAUCACAAUGGUAUUGCUGAACUACUGGAGAUCCUGGGGAGUAUCAUCAAUGGUUUUGCUUUACCAUUAAAAGAAGAACACAAGAUUUUCCUGCUGAAAGUUUUAUUGCCGCUGCACAAAGUGAAGUGUCUAAGCGUCUAUCACCCUCAGUUGGCGUACUGUGUGGUUCAGUUUUUGGAGAAGGACAGUACGCUGACAGAACCGGUGGUCAUGGCUCUCCUGAAGUACUGGCCCAAGACUCACAGUCCAAAAGAGGUGAUGUUCCUCAAUGAACUGGAGGAGAUUCUGGACGUCAUCGAGCCUUCAGAGUUUGUCAAAGUGAUGGAGCUGUUGUUCAGACAGUUAGCUAAAUGUGUUUCCAGCCCUCACUUUCAGGUGGCCGAGAGAGCGCUGUAUUACUGGAAUAAUGAAUAUAUCAUGAGUCUGAUCAGUGACAACGCCACCAGGAUUUUACCAAUCAUGUUUCCGGCGCUUUACCGCAACUCCAAGAGUCACUGGAACAAGACUAUUCACGGUUUGAUCUACAACGCACUAAAGCUUUUCAUGGAGAUGAACCAGAAGCUGUUUGAUGACUGCACACAACAGUUCAGAGCGGAGAAGAACAAAGAGAAGAUGAAGUUGAAAGAAAGAGAAGAGGCUUGGAUUAAGAUCGAGAAUCUGGCCAAGUCAAACCCGCAGUACGGUUUGUAUGUCGAUCCGUCUGGACUAAACAGUCCUGUAGAAAUGGAGACUGAUACCUCCUUUAUAGAAGAUGUUCAGAUGUUAAAAAAGACAGUAGAAGAGAAAGGCAUUCAGAUGCAGAGAGAUCAGAGGAAGGAUCGUCCGCUCAUCAGACGCAAAUCUGAUUUGCCUCAGGACUCGUUCACCACCAAAGCCUUGGAGUCGCACCGGCGCGCCGAUGAAAUGCUCACCAACCACAACGGCCACUAAGCGAAGCCACGUCUCAUUCUCAGCUCUCCGCUUCACGUCAUCUGAAUCUCAGUUACGAGUCGACGAGACGGAAGCGAGCACAGCAUCAGCCGAGACGGCUGGCGAAACGUCAUGCUUUUCCUUCUUUGUGGUUUUAUUUUCAAAGAAGCAGAGACGGCUGUCAGUGCCAAUACUGUCACCCACCUUUAAUAACUCUCGGAUGAGUCUCUCUGAUUCUCUUCAUACUGGAUGUUUGUGGCGUUUUAGAUGUGUGAACUCUCUUCACAUUGAAUUACUACACUUUGAAUGAGUUCAUACACUUCUGUGCCAUAAUGUGCUCCUGACAUUUCAGAUUGUGUUUGUUUAAUGGACUUUCUCUGGCACGAUCUGCCACUUUAUAGUGAUGUAAACAACAACCAUACACCAUAACAUCCAUUCAUUUUAAUAUCACUGUGUGAAGAUCUGUCCUGUGUGUGUGUUGCUGUUGCUGUUUCUGUCAUCAGCUGAUUCUGUUGAAGAACAUCAUCAUCAUCAGUUGAUCUGAGAACUUGAUCUUUGGUGGACGUCAGAGAAGAUCUUCACACUCUUGAUGCUGAGCUGGACUCCUGCUCUCAUGUGUCUAUCAGAUGAUUCACUGGAGCGUUCAGUGUAAACCCAUUAGCACAUUGACAGACACAUCGAUUGUUCUUCACUUUCUGUUAUUUUAUUCAAUGAAACAGAAGCACUUCCUGAAAACUUGAAAACGUCAGUCUGUGUGUGUGUGUGAUGAAUCAGUGACCUGCCUGCAGAUCUUUUCUGUCUCUUGUAUGUUUACUGGCUUCAUGCUAUUAGUUUCUUUUAUCAUAAUAAUAUUCAUCCUGUAUGUGAUUAUAUAAAUGUUCAUGUAUAAAA